AGGAAGCAAUCCCCAUCCAGCACGAGUUCAGGAUAUUUUUAAACAUGCAUAUGUAAGCCCGAGUGAAAUGUGAGCACAAGUUUCGCUACCGACAUGUAAUGAGUCAGACUUCAGUGUCAAAAAAGGGGAAUAAAAAGCCUCUUAGCAAAGACACGGCACCAGUGACGGGGCUGGGGCAGGAGCGGGAGCGCUGCCCCCUCCUCCUGCAGCUAAAUCCUGUGCAAACACAGGGAAUGGUUUUCCAGCAUCUCUCAGGCAGCAGGUUUGUUCUGGCAGCUCCAGGACACUCCGGGCGUGGGGACAGCCCCUGGCAAGGCUUUGCAUCAGGAAUGCAGUAAAUCACCUGGGGAAAGGAUGCCCAUAGGCUUUUCCCUCCGAUUUCUGGGUUUAUUCGUGAUCUCCACAAGAUUUUCGUUUUGUUUCCCGUUCCUUCCCACAUCUCUGCAGCCUUUGGGUGGGUCUGUCAGGGCCUUGCCCUUUAAGGCAGCUCCAGGUGAAGAGGAUUUAAAGGUCAUUAGGCAACAAAAGGGAAGGCUCUUCCUCCCAGUCUGUCGACCGCUUGUGGGCUCAAAGGGAAGAGAAAGGGCUUGUGGUGUUUUUCUGUGCACAAAGUGGGUGGAAAAGACGUUUGCUGGAGCUGGAGAUGUGUUCUGGGAAAAGCGCAGCCCCGAGGGGCUGGUGGCUCCGGCCGGGACCCCCUGCUCCUCCCUGGCAGCAGCACAGGAAGAGCGGAGCCCGGGGCUGCUGUGCUCGCAAAUAAACCCUGCGGCGAGGAGGGGGCUGAGACAGCCACGACUUCCUCCCCCGCUCGGAGAUGCUCGCUGGCCGCCGCGGCGCCCGUUCUGCCCCGUCCCACUCGUGUUGGAGGCCCAGGGACCCUCCGGCUCCCGCUCUGCUCCCGAGGCCGAGCUCCCCGGCAUCCGGAGGAGAUGUCCCCCAGCUGCAGCCUCUGCUCCCUCCUGCUGCUCCUCGGGGGAAGCCUGGCCCUCCUGGUCAAAAUCCAUCAGGAUUGCAUCGACGGCACCGUGGGCCAGUCCGUGCUCCUGCCUGUCUCCUACAGUCUUGAUAGCGUCCCCGACUCGCCGGUGUCGGUUGACUGGCGCUUCAGUAACUGCUCGGACAAGAUGGUCACCUGCCAGCUGCAGGACUGCUCCCUGGGGGCCGCGGGGGCCCCCAACAGCUGCUCCACAAACUGCUUCACCCACGCCACGUCCCGUGGCCGCGCUCAGCUCUUCCCCCGGAACGGGUCACUGCUGCUGCGGGACCUGCAGCUCAGGGACAGCGGGAUUUAUUUUGUCACCUUCCGACCCUGGCAGCGGACCUGGAACAUCACCCUGGCCGUGCACGAGCAGCGUGUCCCCCCUGCGCGUCCCGGAGCAACAGAGCAGGGCCACAUCCACUACUCCAUAAUUGGGAUUUGCUCCUCAGUCCCCCUCCUCCUGCUAGUCCUGCUCUUCUGCUGCCUGUGGCGCUGUGGCACAGCUCGGCAGCAGAAAAGGAUAAUAAUUGAACAGCAGGUCUCAGGAAGGGAGGAGCCCCACAUGGAAAGUGUGCUGGUGAGGGACAUGACAACUGUUUAUGCCAGAGUUGGGGACAGCUUUGAACAGCCCCAGCAGAGUCCAGCCCAAAUGGUCAUGUACAAAUCUGUAAUGAGUCCUGGUCCAACAGGGCCAGACGAGGGGCUCUACCACCUCCAGGUCUGACUGUGGGAGCUCAAGCAGGGGCUUUGCAGAGGGUUCCUCAAAGCCAAGAGACAGUUUAUCACUGAUGCUGCUCCCUCCAGUAUCUCCAUGCCCUGAGCCUGGGCUGGGAAGGGCUUGGAGCAACAGAGCACAGAAACCCCUCAGGUUGCCUCAACCUGCAGUCCUUCUUGAGCCUGAGGGAUGAGCAGGGUUCACUUUCUCCUUGAGGCUUCCUGAGAGCCUGAAGAUAUGGGGUAAGAGAGACUGCAAAGGCAAAGAUAACUCAAUAGUUCCUCUGUGGGAAACUUGCUUCCAUGGGCUCACCUCAACUCCAGGGGUGGUGGAGAGCAUUGAACAGAUCCUAAUCGUGUGUCCCGUCUUCACUGCCAAGUCUUGUCAUAUUAAAAGAAUAUAUGAAGAUCCUUUGACCUGAAAA